UCAACAGAGUUAGUCAAGGAGCAAUGAAACCUGAGAUAUCAGCACUAGAAUGCAAGCAAUUUAUUGGAUCCCAAACAAAUGAAAUGAAAAAUAUGAGGAAGAAUAUCUGUAAAAUUAAAGAUGAGGUGUAUCAAUUACAAAAUGAUAUGAUUGGCUUUCAGGAUGAAAUAAAAGACAUUAAAGAUGCGGUUUUUUACUACAGAACGGAUAUAGACGAGACCAGAAAUAUGCAUAUUCCUGAUCAUAUACGAGAAGGCCAACUUAGAAUACUAAAAGAUUGGAAAAUGCAUGAUAUUGUGUUCUGCAAUUAAACACGUGGAUACAAAGAGGCUUAUGAAGAGGUAAACAAACAAAUUAUGGUGACUUUUAUCGGCGGUCCUGGUUCUGGUAAAACAGCGACUGGAAGACAUAUUGCACUACUGUUCGAAAGGUUGGGAUGGGAGGUUAUCCCUGUUUAUAAUGAGGAUGAAAUUGUACGAUAUGGAAACGGUAAUAUUCGACAAGUGUUUUUAUUAGAUGAUGUCUUAGGGAGUUUUGCUCUAGAUCUGAGCAGAUUAAAUAAUAUAGUCUCAUGUAAGAAAACUAUUCUCAAUUCUAUUAAUAACAGAUCAAAGAUUGUGUUUACUUGUCGAAAGACGGUAUAUAAUGAAGCUAUCGGAUUAAAACCAUUCGUUUUAAAACAUAUUGUUGACUUGGAAAGCAAGACCAAUGACUUAAAUGAACUAGAGAAAAUACAAAUUUUGACAAACCACUGUUUAAAAGCAGGUAUCGAUAAGAAGCUCUAUAUCAACUUAUCGCUAACGUCUGCCAAAAUAAUGUUUCCAUUUUUGUGUCAAUUGUUUGCAGCUAAUGUAAAAUAUCAAAUGUUUGGCUCAGAUUUUUUUGAAAGGCCCUUUGAUUAUUUACUUGAAGAAAUGAGUAAACUUCAAAAAACAAACACCGCACAAUAUGUGUCUUUGGUAUUAUGUCUAGUAAACAAUAGAAAGCUGUCAAAGGAAAACCUGCCUUUCAAAAAUGUAAAGAAAAGAAUUUACAACUCUUGCGGAUUAGAUCGAGGAACUGCAGACAGAAAGAUAAUCGAUGCCUUAUCUCAUAUUGAAGGAACAUACGUAGUGCUGAUAGAAAGUGAAUAUUCGUUUAUACAUGAUUCAAUUUACGAAGCAAUCGCUUUUCACUAUGGCCAGGUCUUCCCUGAACAAAUAUUGGAGUAUAUGCCAAGUGACUUUAUAUCAAGUAAGGUAAUUGUAUUCGGGAACUCUUCAUUUGAUGAGUUGAGCAUUAAGAUUACAGAAAAAUAUUUUUCAAACUUAGCUGAACGUAUUUAUUCAGAUCUUGAAUCAAAUCAAUUGUUCGAUGUUUUUAUGAACAAGGCUUUAAAAUAUGAGCCAUUUCUAGAUGUGUUCAUACAAUUAAUGAAGAAGAAACCGUAUAACGACUUUAAAAAGACAUUUUUAGGUCAUAAGUUUUCUUUCUUUGGUGACUGCGAUCAUUUGAUUAAUACCCAGGAAAAAGAUAAGGACCAUGAAGAAGAAGCUGGGUCUACUUAUUAUGAUGAAACCUUCAAAAGAGCGCUUUUAACUGAUAAAAGAGAAGGCGAAUUUGAAGACAAAAAUUUGCGUUACAACAUUCAUAGAAUUCUAGUUAUCAGUUGGGUUGUUUAUUUCGGGCACAUUCGACUUUUACAAGAAAUUGUGAGGCAUGUGCAUGAUCAUAACGAGUCGACUGAUUUGGUUUUUGGUUCAAGCACAGAAGAACAAGCUAGGUUACUUGUGUUGUCAGUUUACAAUGGCGAUCCAGGUUUAAUUGAAACAAUUCUGAAGUAUGUAAAGAAGAAGAGCAUAAACUCUACAUCAAUGUAUAUGGAUGACGAUUUUCUUGAAGCUAAUCAUCAUAGAACGCUUAGUCCUCUCACUGCAGCAUGUCAGUUUAAUAAUUUUAAGAUUGUAGAACUGUUAGUUAGAGCUGGUGCUGAUGUGAAUUUGGCUGAUUUCGAUUACGAAUUUCCUAUAUUAAUGUUGCAUCAGAGAAUGGAUAUUAUGAAAUCGUAA